AUGUCAGUGUAUUCCCAAAGAACUAAGGGCUCUUCAAACCCAUCGCCGUCGCCUAUUCUAAAGAAAUCGAAAAGUCUCAAGAGCAGAUUAAGUGAAAUUCGACAUACUCCUUGCAAAGUAAAGUUUGUUUUGCCGCAUUCACAAAAAGUACGAACAAUUCUACAACAAUAUGUGGAAACCAAGUUUUCCAAAGAAUACGAAAAUCUAAUUUGUUUGAUAAGGGACGCACAUUUAAGUGAUGAAGAUAUAUCUUCUUUACUUAUUGAAGCCACAGAAUGUAUCUCUAUUCUCAAUCAAGAGUUGAGGUUAUUCGUAGAAGCUCUGCUUUCAAUAGAUUGGACUAAUAAAAAUGCUAUUGUGGUGUCAGAAUAUCAAUCAUUCAUAGUGAACCUAUUGUCAGCUCAUAACUAUCAUGCUAAGAUGGUUAUAGAAAAAUUGGUUAAACUCUUCAUACCAGAUCCCAAUGAACCAGAAUGGCCUGAAGGGGUUCCUACUGAUACUGAUUGUAUAAAAUGUGUCAAUAUUCAUUCAUUGAUAAAUUUAUUAUUAGCAGUAGUCCCUAUGUGUACAGAAUUGUUAAUAUCCUCAGUAACUAGUCAAUUUCCCUACUAUAACAAAUCAACACAUAUACAUGAGUAUUAUAUUCACAAUGUAUUAUGGAUAUUAGAGUAUCAGCCGAAAAUUCGCCCUGAUAUCUUGAGGUUACUUUUCUCCAAGUUAGUCAUAAUGGACGUGAACGCUCCCAGAGAAGAAAUAGAAAGGUAUCUCAAUGCUGAGGAAGAAAUGUUCAGUGUUGAUGAUGAUGUCAGAUCAGUUAAGACUUCAACUACAGCUUUUACUCAAGUAAAUAGACAUAGUUUAGCACACACUUUAGACAUUUGUCUUGAUAAAAUGUUUAACUAUGCAAUAUCUGAAUGUCAUGAUGCCAAUACAGGAGAAGUUGACUGGGAGAAAACAAAAACUUUGUAUCACAAUAUGAUACCAGUAUUUGAAAAAAUAAUUCUGCCAACAUAUAACACCCAUCAUGUUCAGUAUGUUAUGUUUUUGAUUUGCUGCUUCAAGGCUACCAUUGCAGAAGCCUUUUUGAAUUUCUUGUGGAAGAAAGUUUGUGAUCCAAAUAUGGCGCCUGUUUUGAGACAGGCGUCAGUGAAUUAUAUUGCAAGUUUGGUGGCUAGAGCAAACUUUGUCCCUCUAUCUAUGUUGAAGGGAACCUUGCAACAAUUGGCAGAGUGGAUACAUUUUUAUAUAUCUACUCAGGAGGAAAUAGAAUGUGUAAAUUCUGAUGUUAGGAUCCACCAGGUUUUCUACAGUGUAUGCCAGGCUGUGUUCUAUAUAGUUGCAUUUCGGCAUAAAGAUCUAGUGAAUUCUAAGAAAAAUAUUGUCUUUCUGGAGAGCUUAAACUUGGCGAAAAUGGUAACAAGUAGAUUGAAUCCCUUGAGAGUAUGCCAGCCAGUUGUUGCACAAAAUUUUGCGGCAAUUACACGAAAUUAUCAGUUGGCCUAUUGUUAUACUGUGAUGGAACAUAAUUCCAGGAAUGUUAUGCCAACAAUAUAUCAGAAUGAAAAAGGAGCAGUUGUUAUAUCCAAUAAUCUUUUGGAUGUGUUUUACCCAUUUGAUCCUUAUCUUCUUGAAAGGUCUGGAAAAAAAAUUCACCCGUUCUAUAGAGAUUAUGAAGAAGUUGUAGAGGAAAAUUUCGAUGAUACAGACAUGAAGGAAACAACUGAAGUUGACGAUUUUCUUUACAAUCAUGAACUCUCCAGUACUUCAAACUCUAAGUCACAAUCCCACAAGUUUUCUUAUGGAAGCUCACCUGGUUUCAAAUUCAAAGGUUGA